CCACUUCGAAAAUGAGUUUUCUAGCGGACCUAGUAGAAAGAAAAAAUAAUUUGAAGCCUACUGAAACUGUUAUCACCUUCGCCAAUGGACAAUGCCUCAAAGAAUCUAGAGCCAUGACCCUACCUGUACAAAUAGAGAAAAAGCCCUUUGGAUUUAUAGUUGACAACAAACCCGAUGAUAAGCCGGCCAAAAUAUUAGAAUAUUUAUAUUUGGGAUCCCAAGAUUGUUGCUCGAAAGAAGUUUUACAAGCCUACGACAUCUCCAACAUCCUAAGCAUUGGAAUAGAGGCUCCACUACAAGACGAUAAUAUCAAGAACCAGUUCUUGGAGUGCCUGGACCUACCUGAAACAAACAUCUGGAAUACCAUCAAGACAAGUGUUGAAGUGAUUAGAAAAUCAGUGAACAAUUGUGAAUCGAUUUUGGUGCAUUGUAAUGCUGGAAUUAGUCGUUCAGCUUCUGUUGUGAUAGGUUACUUAAUGUUAGAAUAUAAUUACAGCUUUGAUAAUGCUUAUGAACAUGUACGUUCUGCUCGUCCUGUUAUAAGGCCCAAUGAUGGGUUCAUGAAACAAUUGAAAAAUUACCAUCUUUAUAUUUAGAUUUUACUGGCGAAUAUGUUGACUAAAUUGGAUUAUAAAAAUGACUACACCAUAAGUGUAAGUUCCAUGUUUUAAAUAUAACAUUAUUUUGAGUUUUGAUGAAAA